GAUUUGACAAUAAAUAUGUGCAUAAGUACUUACUUACUUACUUACUUACUUACACAUGCUACCUCUCGUGAAGGAGUAUAGGCCGCCCCCAACACCAUUCUCCAUCCAUAAAUGUUAUCAUUUCAAACAUUAUAAAUCGAAGUUACUAAGCACUCUCUAUCAUCAUCAUCAUCAUCAUCAUCGUUCGUGUCAAUCUUAUCUCAUUGAAUCAAUAUGAAGUUAUCAUUGAAUGAACAAGGAUGGAAUAGACUAUUCAUCAUAUUAAAUGGUACAAUCUUGGUAUAUAGUAUAGUAUUAUGUGGAUUAAGUAUUAAAGUACAAGAUGAUUUAUCACAAUUCAAUGAAAUUUUACAAAGAAUAAGACCAUCUAUAAUACCAGUGAUUAUAUUUACCGGAUUGAUUGGUAUUCUAUCUGCAAUUACAGGAUAUUGUAAAUUAUUAAAACAAAAUCAAAUUAUUACUAUACUACAUAUUAUAAGUUUGUCCAUAGCAACAGUAACUGAAUUAUGCAUAGCCUUGGGAACAGUAAUGACACCCAAUGAAUUCUAUAUAAAGGCUAAUAAUUCAUUACAGAAUUCAUUGCAUUAUUAUGAACAACAUCCAGUGUAUACUGAACAAUUCAAUCAACUACAAGAGAAUUAUAAAUGUUGUGGAAGUUUAUUAUUUAAAGAUUAUCGAAGAACUAAUAAUAGUUUACCAGUGAGUUGUAAAGAUGACAAAUUUAUUUAUACAAUGGGUUGUACUGAAGCAUUGAAUAGACACGUCUAUAAAUAUAUAGAUCCAAUAUUGGCAUUAUGUUUUAUAUUUACUAUUAUUAAAAGUAUUUACUUAUUGAUUAUAAUUUGGAUGAUCCAUAGAUCUUCUAAUGGAAAAGAUCCAUAUACUCUUGAAUGUUGUUGACAUUCACCAUGUUUGUUUGUUUGUUUAUCAUUAUUCAUUGAAUUAAUUAAAACAACAAUCAUUUAACUGGUGUCUCUUUUUUUCUAAAUUGAACAUGAUUAUCUAUUUUGUUAU